ACGGGGGGCGGAGUUAGAGCGCUCGCCGCUUCAUGUGUGCGGGCUGCCGGCGUCUUGCACCGCAAAUGGUCGCUGCGGGAAGCCAGUGCGUCGUCCGGCUCUCCGCUAGAGAGAGGACUUCAAAUUCAUCCGUCCGGACCCUCCGAACAUUCCGUCGUUCCGGCAGCAGGAUGGAAGAACCCUGGUGACGGCAACCACGGACAGACCCACGCUGAGAGCGAGCAUGGCCGUGGACGCGGCGUCCAGCUUCAGCUUUUGCCGCGCCUCCCUGGAGCACACGCUGUCGGCCGAAGAGCUGAGCUACCAGCUGCCGGGUCGCUCCGGAGGCAGCAACCUGACCUGGCACGACGGCCGUAGCCAGAAGACAGCACACGCGCGCACCGUCAAACUGCUGCAACAGCCCGGCACUGAGGGCAUCCAGCUGCAUCCAGGUGAAGCCUUCACUGUGUAUCACACCAGCCCGACGUUGUCCAGUCUGUCCAAACCUGUGGUGCUGUGGACUCAGCAGGAUGUCUGCAAGUGGCUUAAGAAACACUGUCCUCACAACUACUUGACAUACGUCGAAGCCUUCUCUCAUCACGCCAUCACAGGAAGGGCCUUGCUGCGUUUGAACGGGGAGAAGCUGCAGAGGAUGGGAAUCGUGCAGGACACCCUAAGACAGGAAGUCCUCCAGCAAGUCCUGCAGCUUCAGGUUCGGGAAGAGGUCCGCAACCUUCAGCUCCUCAGUCGAACCUCCUUUGGAAACUUCUCAUAGUUCAUCAUGCGGUCCGUUUGGCAUGAAAACUGCAGGAGCCAUGGAGGUGCUUCUGUCUUCAGAUUUGCGAGUGGAGAAUCAACCCUCGGACAAGCCUAUUGACUACAUGCCAACCAGUCUGCUGGAUUAUCAUCCAACGCUGGCUUGCCAGACCUCGAGACGAGAGACAAAGCCCUGCUCAAGCCUGGGGCACCAACUGUAGCAUAACGAUAACACGGUGAUUAUGUUGGUGUGAAACUGGUCUAGGUCUGCUUAGAAAGUCCAUCAUAGCUAGUCCGUCUCAUUUGAAUUAACUGGAAAUCAAAAACUGCAUUCUUUUUCAAGCACAAACGCUCUUGCAUAAUUUUGGACAUGUAGCUGAAGUUGUAUUUGGUGAGUACUCAUUACACUUUUUUUACAUGAAUUUUAACUUUUUAAGCCAAGAAGGUUGAGAACUUGGUUUAAAUUAUGUGUAUAUAUGAGUCCAUCCCUCAUGCACAAACUACUGCAGAUUUUCUUCUCAGGAUUUGAGAUCACUGGUGGAUGACUGAUAGCAGAUAUUAUCAUCAGACGUUUUAUAUUGUGAUUGAAUUAGACUAGAUUUAAUAUAUAGCUAGACACGAUAUACAGUACAUUUGAGGAUUGUAAAAUAACUUGCGCUGUAAAACCAGUGUAUUCUCACAGAAGCUUAGUGUUGUUUCCAUGGGACAAAUCCCAAGGACAUGCACGUGUAAUGGGAUGAUCUCGUUGUCUACGCUUGAUAAAGCAAAAAUGUAAAUGUAAUUACACAAUGAGGACUAGCUGUUAGGGAUAAGUAAGACAUACUGAAGUGCGGUAUUUUGCUGGGAAGAAUGCCCGUUUAUGCUUUGCCUAUUACAGAUGAAGCAUUUAACUGCCUGGCGGUGUUGUUCAUGAGCGCUUCUGUAAGUCAUCUCCCCGACAAACACAAAAGAAAUGAAUAAACCCCACUUGUAUGCUACACACCUCUAUCCCCGUGUGACACUGUGAUUUUAAAAGCUUCAAAAUCGUGUAAUACUGUGACAGCUACACAGAUACAAGCUUCCCGAGCUAACUCGAGUGAGCGCGUUUGGUGUCAGUAUGAGACAGAAGCAGACAUCCAUGAUGAGGAAGAGACAUUUGCAUACAUCAAGAGACAAACUUCCAACAAAUAACACUUCAGACAACUUCCCUCCAUCUGGCCCCUUCACAGCCAGAUGCACCCAACUGCAAGUGACUGACUGUUAAAAGGGAGAUCGACUAACUGUAUUAUUUUUUAGGUACUUGAUGAUCGGUAUGUGUAUACUCUAAGUACUGAAAUGCUGUAAGGAAAGUGAAA